AUGGUCAACGAUAUCGACAUCGCUACGACUUCGAGCCAUGGCAGCUCCGACCAGAAGGAUUCCUCCAAGGAGGAUCUCGGCAGUCCCGGCAUUACUCAACUAGACAAUGUCGAGAAAAACCUCAAAACCGACUUCCUCGACCACCGCAUCAACGACCCCAACAUGGCCACCGAAAAGAUCGAUGCCGUCGAGCAUGUCAUUGAACAGGGCGACUACAAGGCUGAGGCCCAGAUCGAGGAUGACCUUGAAGAGGAUUCGCCUUAUCCAGAAGUUCGCGCCGCCGUUUCCAACGUCGAUGACCCUUCCAUGCCUGUCAUGACUUUCCGUACUUGGCUUCUUGGUAUGCUUUUUACCAUUGUUAUUCCAGGUGUUAAUCAGCUUCUCAGCUACCGAUACCCCACCGUGACAAUCACUUCAUUUGUCGCCCAGUUGCUCGCAUACCCCAUGGGCUGCUUUAUGGCCCGCCUUCUUCCUACCAAAGUCUUCAAGACCCCCUUCGGUUCCUUCACUCUUAACCCUGGUCCCUUUAAUGUCAAAGAACACACCGUCAUCACUGUCAUGAGUAACGUUACAUACCAGCGUGCUUACGCAUCCAACGUCUCCGCUGUCCAGCGAAUCACUUACGGUUUCGAUUGGGGAUUCGGUUACAUCAUCCUUUUGGUUCUCAGUUCCCAGCUUAUCGGUUUCUCCAUGGCCGGUUUCUUCCGUCGAUGGCUCGUCUGGCCUGCUGCCAUGAUCUGGCCUGCCAACUUGGGUAACACUGCCUUGUUCACUGCCCUUCACCGACAGGUCGACACUGGAAGCAGCCACAUGUCGCGAUACAAGUUCUUCAUGAUCGCUUGCGCAUGUGCCUUUUCUUGGUACUUUGUCCCAGGUUAUCUCUUCGCCAUGAUGUCUGUUGGUAACUGGUUCUGCCUCAUUGCUCCGGACAAUGUUCCCCUCAACCAGAUGCUUGGUACUCAGCAAGGUCUCGGUCUUAUCCCUCUCACCUUCGACUGGAACCAGUACUCGUACAACGGCAACCCCAUUUAUACACCUUGGUGGGCACAAGCUAACGUUCUAGGAGGUUUCGUACUAUGCUACUGCAUCAUCGGACCAAUCCUAUACUACAAGAAUGUCUGGAACUUUGCCUAUCUCCCAUUUUCUACCAGCGGCGUUUAUGACCGUUUUGGAGAGAAAUUCAAGACUACAAAAGUCACAAGUCCUAACCACCUUCAUUUCGACGCCGCCGGUUACAACGCCUAUUCCGAACAAUAUUUCUCAGUCACCUAUGCUAUCUCCUUUGCCCUCUCCUUCGCCUCGAUCACUGCCAUCAUUGUGCACGUCGGUCUCUUCCACGGCAAGCAGAUCUACAGACAGUUCACCACCUCGGUCAACGACGAGCGCGAUGUUCACGCCCGACUCAUGCAGAGGUACCCUGAGGUCCCCAAGCUCUGGUACGCCAUUCUCUUUGUCAUCUGCUUCGCUAUGGGUGUUGGAUGCACUGCUGGCUACGAGACCGACUUCCCCGUUUGGGCUUUUGUCAUUUCCCUCAUCAUCGGUGCCUUCUUCAUGCUUCCCGUUGGCGUCGUUUACGCCAUCUCCAACGUCGAGGUUGGUCUUAACGUCAUCUCCGAGUUCAUUAUCGGCUACAUGCACCCUGGUUCGGCUACCGGUAUGAUGAUGUUCAAGGUCUUCUGUUACAUGGCUGUCUACCAGGGUCUCUCCUUCACCGCCGACAUGAAGCUUGGUCAUUACAUGAAGGUUCCUCCUAAGGACAUGUUCAUUGCCCAGGUUACCGCUAUCGUCGUCUCGUCCUUUGUUGUUCUUGGUGUUCAGAGCUGGGUCUUCUCCAACAUCGAGAAUGUUUGCACACCCGACGCUUCUGACAACUUCACCUGCAACUAUCUCAUCGUCUUUGGUACCGCCUCUCAGAUUUGGGGUCUUAUCGGCCCUGGCGCCGUCUUCUCCCCCGGAAAGCAGUACGGCAAGCUCUUAUGGAUGUUCCUCGUCGGUGCCAUCUUCCCCGUCAUCAUCUGGGCUCUUACCAGGAAGUUCCCUCGCUCGUUCAUGCGCAAGGUCAACUCGCCCGUCAUCUUCACCGGUACCGGUCUCAUGCCUCCUGCCACCGGUAUCAACUUCACCGCGUGGGCUCUGUGUGGUUUUGUCUUCAACUACCUCGUCAAGAAGUAUCGCACCGGUUGGUGGACACGAUACAACUACGUCCUCGGUGCCGCCUUGGACACUGGUACCGCUAUUGCUGCGGUUCUCAUCUUCUUCUGCCUUAUCUUCCCUAAGGGCAGUCAGAGCGACUUCGCCUCGGACGGAUGGUGGGGUAAUACAGCUCCGUACAACACUGCCGACGGUAAUUUGGCUUCCUACCUCACUGCUCCCGAGGAAGGCUUCAUGCCUGCACCUGGACAGUUCAGGCCUUACUAUAGUUGA